GCCGCCGCAGCAGCGCAGCACCCGCCGCCGCCGCCACACGCCGCCCCGGGCGCGCAGCCCGCCCUCAAGCGCUGCAGGCACUGCGAAGAAUCUGGGCACAGGUUGGACAGCGGCAACAGCAACCUGUUCUGGAGAAUCCAGUUGGACCAAGAUCUCUUCGACACCAUCAUCGCCAUUUACCCGGAGUGGUUCAAGGACUACCAGCUGCAGCUGCAGCAGCAGCAGCAGCAGCAGCAGCAGUCGGCUAGCGGCCAGGGCGACGCCGCCCCCAGCAUGGCGGAGGCGGAGGGCCCCGGCUGUGGCUCGGCCGACGCGCCGCCCCCGCCC